AUGACGCUUCAGGGUUUUUUGGAUUCUUUUUGGUGUUUGGCUCUGGUGUGGAGCACGAUGUUGAUCAGUCUCGGCAUAUCAAUACAUUUGCUUCUGCAACAUCUGCUCCAUUACCAUAACCACCGUCUACAGUCAUAUGUCGUGCGUAUACUGGUCUUUAUGCCUAUAUAUGGAGCGCUGACAUUCUUGCUGUAUCUGCUUCCACACUUCAUGGACGUACUUGAGAUGCUUCGUAACAUCUGGGAAGGGCUCCUCAUCCAUUCUUUCCUCUGUCUGAUGAUGGAGUACUGUGGCGGUGAGAGCAACUGUGCUGACGUCAUUACACGUGAUCCUUCCGUUCUCAAGCACGUUUGGCCAAUCCGGGAGAUAAAGGUAUUUGGACUGAAUGAGGACAUACCACUUAACGUUGGUUUUGUUAAGCGUUGUCGUAUGGGCACUAUGCAGUAUGCUUUCAUCCGUCCGUUGUUGGCAAUAUUUUCCGUGAUAUUUCGGAUGCUAGGCAUCGAGAAGUCUUUAUUGGUUUCAAUUUUUAAUUGGGUCAUCAUUAAUGCGAGCGUUUACUUGGCACUCUAUGCCCUUGGUUUGUUUUAUCUUGCGACGCGAAACCACCCUGGAUUAGCGAAAGCGAAUUGUUUGGUUAAGUGUAUAUCUUUAAAGAUGAUGGUGGUUUUCACUUUUUACCAGGGAUGCAUAAUUUUGUGGUUCACUACCUUGGAACAGCAGGUCGCAGAAACCCUGAACACUGUGCUAGUACUGCUUGAGCUACCAUUAUUUGCGUUACUGUUGCAGAAGGCUUAUUGUGUUGACGAGUUUGUUCCUUUACUGGAGAAUAAACGCGCGUCGGAUGCAUCUUUAGAAAAGGAUAUGGAGGCCCCUCCGCAGGGUGACGCAGAGAGCCAGCAGACCAGUCCACCCUGCGUCCUUGAUGCUAGGAUAGUGAAAAUGUGUUCGGCAUUAGGUCUGAAUGCCGACGACAUUCGCGUGGCUAUAAGCGCCGAAGGUCGUGAGAAAAUAUUGGCUAACGCUUCCAUGGCGCUUAACAUGGCCGACCUGUUUAGCGACGUUUACCACAAUUGCAGCGAUAAGUAUCGCCAACACAGUAUAUUGCCUCAAACAAACAACGAUCAAGCCGAUAAGGAUAUUCCUGCCAAAGAGCCGGAGGUUUCAAGCGAGAAAUUCGUGGAGAGUUUUGCCGAAUUUGACAAAGAGCACACUAAGCAAAACUUAGAACAAAAGGCUACUACACUCGCCAAGUUACAAUUUCUUUGA